CCCCGCGGCGGGGCCGGCCGAGCCUCCGUGCCAUGCCAGCCUUUAAACGGCAGGUGCGGGGGAGCCAGCCAGACGCGGCACCGGCGGAUCGGCGGUAGCGGCGGGCGCCUUUCGGCUCGGAGCGGAGCAUGUCGGUGGCGACCGGAGGCAGCGAGGCGGCGGCGGCGGCGGGUGGCGGCGGCGGAGGGGGCCGCGUCUUCUUCCAGAGCCCCCGCGGCGGAGGCUCGGGGCGGGAGGACGCGGUGUCGGCGGCGGCGGUGCAGGUCCAGCAGCGACGCCACCAGCAGGGCAAAGUGACGGUGAAAUACGAUCGGAAGGAGCUGCGGAAGCGGCUGGUGCUGGAGGAGUGGAUCGUGGAGCAGCUGGGGCAGCUCUACGGCUGCCAGGAAGAAGAGAUGCCAGAUGUAGAAAUUGACAUUGAUGACCUUCUUGAUGCAGCCAAUGAAGAAGAGAGAGCUCUCAAAUUACAGGAAACUCUUGUAGAUUGCUACAAACCAACAGAGUACAGAUAUGCCCUCCGUGCUUCUGGCUGUACUCCUCAAAGGAAUAAUUUGAAUUUAUCAAAGAGCUGCUAACUCGGAUAAGAGGAAUGAGAAAACUCAGUCCCCCUCAAAAGAAGAGUAUAUAAAUAACUCGAAGUAGUAGCACUCUGUAAAAGACAUGGCAAGGGAAAUGGGACUUUGAAUACAAGACCUUUAUUAAAAUACUUGUCUUUCUCCACAACUUUUUUGAUUUCAUUCAGUUUUGACUCAAGGAAUUUCUUUUGUGUGUUUUAAGGGUUUUUUUUAAGUGUCAUUUUUUAUUAUUUUUUUUUAAUCAAGAAUAUCAACAUUUUGGAUGCUGCUCGACUUUCACUUGAGGAUUACAGAAGCAAGUGAAGAACCCAAGAGUUAGUGACGAAAGGCAGCAAGCCUACGUGGUAAACCAGAAGAUCUUGUACAUUUACAGAGCUAGGAGACUUCUCCUUAUGACUAGUUGGAUAAUGUUUUUUAAGUUGGUUGUACAUUUAACUCAUGGAUGUCAAAUUUCUUGUGCUUGUCUGUACAUAAAUUAUAAAGUGGGUUGUGAAUACUGUUUCACAUGGAUGGAAGGAAAAGUUUGUUACAGUAAAUUAUUUAAAUGGUGGUUCUUGCAAAUAUGCUACCAGAAGGUACCAAUUUAGAUUACUGAAGUGAGUACUGCCAUUUUUCUAAGUACCCUUAGAGCAGCCCAGUGAAAAAUUUCAUCAUAUCUCCUUAUUUAGACUGCAGCAUAUGAGAAUUGGGAAUUUUAAGGGCUUAAUUUGUAGACUUAAAGUUAUUUUAACUUUGAUGCUUUGCCAGAUCAUUUCCUCUCCACCUCAUGGUGUCUUGGAACUGUGCAAACCUAUGCUGAAAAGGGGUCUGCAGUCAUAUCUAGAGAAAUGUCCAUCUCCACUUAAAAGCUGCUUCAUAGUGGAGGAAAAGGCAAUGCUGCCAAAAUGACUUUAGAGCACUGUCUUGCAUUUAGUGAUGUGGUCUUAAUCAAGAUUCCUCUCCUAUUCAAGUACACAAAGAUUAUUACAGUCUUUUUUAUGGCUCUACCCUGAGUACUGGGGAGACUUUAUAAUGUGGAUCUCUUGUAAAAGCAAGAACAGAGAGAGAUCCCUGCUCCCUCCUGGAAAAUGUCCUAUCUGAAAUUUUCAAUAAGCUACCAUAUGCUGGUAGGUGACACUAGUCAGGCAUUUUAUAUCAAGGGUGCUCUGAACAUAUUUUAUUUUUCAAAAGAAGUACAUGUUUGUGAAUUUUAUGUAUACUGGCAAGCUUUUUUAAUGUAUUUAAUUUUGUAAUGUUUACCGAUGAUUUUAUUUACCAGAUAUUUACUCAAAUAAAUGGAACAACUUGUGA